AUGUGGGAGAAAACAAGCACGGAAGCUCCACCUCCAGAACCUGAGCCAAAACCGGAGCCAACGCCUGAGCCUGCACCUCCACCGCCAGAAGCAGCUCCAGCACCAACGCCGGAACCGCCAGCACCGGCCCCAGCACCAACACCAGCACCUCCUGCUGAGGCAGCUCCGCCAGCGGAAGCUGCUCCACCUGCAGAAGGAGCGCCCGCAGCACCUCCACCAGAAGGUGCACCUGCAGAAGGCGCGGCACCACCAGCAGAGGGUGAAGCACCAGCAGCUGCUCCCGCGGAAGGAGCAGCUCCACCACCAGCGGAAGGCGCGCCGGCCGCACCUCCUGCCGAGGGUGCACCACCAGCCGAAGGUGCACCACCAGCCGAGGGUGCACCACCAGCCGAAGGAGCACCACCAACCGAGGGUGCACCGCCAGCCGAAGGUGCACCGCCACCAGCGGAAGGCGCAGCUCCAGCACCGCCACCAGCGGAAGGUGCACCUGCACCAGCGGAAGCAACUCCAGCAGCUCCAGAAGCAGCACCAGCACCACCAGCCGAAGGUGCUGCACCUGCACCAGCAGAGGGAGCCCCGGCGGAGGCUGCAGCAGCACCCCCGGCAGAGGCUGCGCCAGCACCAGCGCCCGCUGAAGCUUCUAAGGUAAUUUUACUUUUGAAAGUUACACUGAACGUCAGGCUCUGUCCGCCGAUAACUGGUUCGAAGUUCAUCACGUACGCACCGGCAUCGUAACUUCGUCGAAGUUGGAACGGACAAAGGGCCACCUCGCUGUAUGAUUUCCACUCGUCACAUCGUCAGAAUUUGCACAAAACGUACACGAGCAAGCAUAGACGGACACGCGGAUAUAUAUAUGUAUGUACGGUCGAGCUGUAUCACACUCGA